AUGUCAGAUAUAACUGGUGCUUCAAUAUUAAAUGAUUAUAUUAUAAAUAGAUCCAAUAUAAGGAAAUACUUCGCUUUAGAAGAUUUACAAAAACUAAUCCCUGAUGUUUCAAUUGAUGUUCAAAAAAAAAUUUAUCAAAAUAUACUAGCACAACAAGAAGCUAAGUAUUUAAAAAUUAAAAAUAAUAUUAAAAAUGAUUAUGAUUUACCAUUAACUGAUUUAAUUACUGAAUUAAAUGGGAAAUCAAAUAUUGGAAAACGUAAAUUUACAAGAUUAGUUACGGAAUUGGAAAAAUUAAAUGAGAGUAUUAAUGUGGAAGGGCAGAACUUAGAUGAUGAUAUAAAGAGUAGAUUAGCAGAAUUGAAAGAGUUGAUUAAUAAAUUGGAUCAGGUGAAAGUUGACAGUGAUGCUUAUUAUAAUCAAAUUAUACAAGAAUCCAUUGAGAAAUGUGAUCAAUUAUCUUCACUAAUGGAUAUAAUUUGA